CAACUUUUUCUUCACCUCUAUCUUUCGAUCCGAAGCCACCUUCAAGAGCUGCCUGGCUAAGAUGUCUGUGCAGGCAGCGACGCUCGAAUCGAUCUCGUCGUCGCUCAAGUCGCUGUCAAUUGCAGCGACGAGCGUCGUCUCGCAUGCAGCCUCCACUUCGCCCGACAGCUGGAAGGAAGCUGUCUCCUCGCUGGCCACGGGCGCCAACUUUCAGUACACCAAGACACUCCUCUUCAAGCCCAAGACGGCAAAAACGGCAAAGGCCUACCCAGUCCUUGUCGUAGCAAAGAAUGAUACCGAGACAAAUACUACUGCGCUGGGCAAGGAGAUCAACCAAAAGGAGAUGCGGCUAGCCGCCCCAGAACUUCUUCAGGACUUUCUUGGUGCUACGAAGGACGAUGUGUCGCCCCUUUCCGUCUCAAAGGCCAACGGACCCGAAGGGUCGCACCCAUUGCUGGUCGUGCUAGAUGCUUUCGUCGCCUCGUCUGAAGAACAAUUCGCUUUCCACGCCGCCUCGUCCGAAAAGACCAUCUUCCUGACAGGAAAGGAGGUCGCCAAAUACCUUGAGAGCACAGGUGCCAAGGUCGAGACCAUUGACUUUUCAAAGCUUGCUUCGAACCCUGCGCCCAUGCCCAAGGCUAACGCCCCCUCGGCAUCGGGCGUAUCGGCCCCCGGCGUCACACAGGCUCCCGUUGCCAACAAUAACGCAGCUCGGGCCAGGGCGGCAGAUGCGGCCAAGAAUCCCGACGCCGAGUUGAUUGGGAUCACUGUCCGGAAAGAUGGUGACUUCCCCGAAUGGUACCAGCAGGUGCUCAAGAAGGGUGACAUGCUCGACUACUACGACGUGAGCGGCUGCUACAUCCUGAAGCCUUGGAGCUACAACGUCUGGCAGGCGAUUCAGACCUUCUUCGAUGCGGAGAUCAAGAAGCUUGGCGUGGAGAACUGUUACUUUCCCAUGUUCGUUUCUUCGGACGUAUUGGAGAGAGAAAAGGAUCAUAUCGAAGGGUUUGCCCCCGAGGUGGCUUGGGUCACACGAGCUGGCUCGAGCGACCUUGAGAAGCCCGUUGCUAUUCGCCCGACCUCGGAGACGGUCAUGUACCCCUACUACGCCAAAUGGAUCCGGAGCCAUCGCGAUCUGCCUCUCAAGCUCAACCAGUGGAACAGUGUCGUGCGUUGGGAGUUUAAGCACCCUCAGCCUUUCCUCCGAACGCGAGAAUUUCUUUGGCAAGAGGGUCACACUGCACACCUCACCCUCGAGGAAGCCGACAAAGAGGUCAAGCAGAUCCUCAAGCUGUACCAGCGGGUCUAUGAGGAUCUUCUGGCCGUACCAGUCGUUCCAGGAGUCAAAUCGGAGAAGGAAAAAUUUGCUGGUGGUUUCUACACGACGACUGUCGAAGGCUUCGUCCCCACCACUGGCCGAGGAAUCCAAGGAGGAACGUCUCACUGUCUCGGGCAGAACUUCUCGAAGAUGUUCAACAUCACUGUUGACGACCCCAAAGCGACCGACGAAACGAGAGGUACACCCGAGGGCAAGUUGUUUGUCUGGCAAAACUCCUGGGGCUUGUCGACGAGAACAAUUGGCGUCAUGGUCAUGGUGCAUGGAGACGACAAGGGCUUAGUCAUGCCCCCUCGCGUUUCGCAGAUCCAAACAGUUAUCGUCCCCUGCGGCAUCAGCGCCAAGAUGACGCCAAAAGAAAAGGACACUAUUCUCGAUGCUUGCGAGGAGACGGCAAGGUCGCUUCGAGAAGCUGGCAUCCGGGCCAAGGCAGACCUGCGCGAGAAUUACAGCACAGGCUUCAAGUUCAACGACUGGGAGCUCCGGGGUGUGCCCGUCCGUCUCGAAAUUGGUCCCAAGGACCUGGAAAAGGAGCAGGUCGUGGCAGUUCGCCGUGACAAUGGCGAGAAGGCUUCAAUGAAGACCAAGGAGCUUGUUCACGAACUUCCCAAGCUCCUCGACGCGAUCCACGACUCCAUGUUCAAAAAGGCAGACGAUAUCUACCGAGCCCACCGCAAGGUUGUGACCAAGUGGGAUGACUUUACGCGCACGCUCAACACCAAGUGCCACGUCAUCAUCCCGUGGUGCGAGGUCGAGGCGUGUGAGGACGCCAUCAAGGACCGCAGCGCUCGGCAGGGCAGCGAGGGAGAGGCGCAAGACGAGCGGGCACCCUCGAUGGGCGCAAAGUCGCUCUGCAUCCCCUUCGACCAGGCUCAAUAUCCAGACAUUGCCGGUCUCGAGUGCCCCCAGUGUGGGCAGAAGGCUAAGCGCUGGACUAUGUUUGGCCGGUCGUACUGAUCUAACGUGGUCACACAUACGCAAACACACUGUUGUUGAGGGUAAUACAAAUGUCAUGAUGCUUGCGAUGUCUUGAG